AUGAAGUUCAACAAUUCUUUCUUGGCAGCCGCCGCCGCCAGCAUCGCAUCUGCGCAAUCUACCUAUACGCGAUGUGCCCUCGGUGCACCAGCAGCAGAGCAAGUUGCUGCCCUCGAAGCCGCCGCGGCUGAGGGCGCUGCCAAUCUCGAAAUUUCUCGAAUGGCUGCUGCGACAAUUCCAACAUACGUACACGUCGUUACUUCGUCCUCGAAGCAAGGUCGUUACUCCCAAGCUAUGAUUCAGAGCCAGAUCAGUUUGAUAGACCAGGCUUACGCGGGUAUGGGAUUCACCUUCAGGCUGGCGUCGACCGACUUCACCGUCAACAACAAUUGGGCAACUGCCAACCUUGGCACGGCCAACGAGCGUAAUAUGAAGACUGCGCUCAGAAAAGCCCAAGGCUAUGAUGAGCUUGAUCUUUACUUCGUUUCCGACAUUCCAGGCGAUACCCUCGGAUGGUGCUACUUCCCAGUCGCCAACCCAACCACGAACGACCGCACCCUCGACGGCUGCGUGAACCUUGCAGACUCGCUUCCAGGUGGUGCUGCUGCACCCUUCAACGAGGGUGCCACCGCCACUCACGAAAUCGGCCACUGGCUCGGUCUCUUCCACGUCUUCCAGGGCCAAAGCUGCACUGGAGCCGGCGACUCUGUCAGCGACACCCCACCUCAACGAACCUUUACCAGCGGAUGCCCUGUUGGCAAGGAUACUUGCCCCGGCGGCGGUGUUGACAGCAUUCACAACUAUAUGGACUACAGUGAUGAUUCCUGCCUGGAUCGAUUCACUGCUGGCCAGACUCAGCGUGCUACUGCGCUUUUCAGCCAGCUCCGAAAUGGGCGGUAGAUGCCUACUCGGUGGCGAGGCGUUUGAUUGUGAAUCAGAGAUACCAAGAUAUCGACAAAGAAUGCGUCAGGAACGCAUGUGAAUGAUAGGCCCAAAGACUGGCUGAAAAAAAGUCGCUAGAGUAGAAUUAAAAUCUCUAUUGCCC